AUGGCAGUCAAAAUAUUAGUUAUUAAUCCAAAUAGCUCAGAAAAAGUGACUAAGAAUCUUGAAAAAACAAUCACUCAACCUGAAAACGUUGAAUUAUUUUUUUACACUGGCCCUCCAGAUUCGCCUAAAGAAAUCACCCCUACUACUUCAUUACAAUCAGAAAAAGCUGUACUUGAAGAUUUUAAAGUAAAUAUUAAUGAUAGGCUUGACUAUGAUGGAUAUUUAGUUUGUUGUUACUCCGAUCAUCCUUUGGUGCAUACACUUGGUAAACUCACACAGAAACCUGUUAUGGGUAUUAUGCAGGCGACACUUUUAUUUGCAUUACUGCAACCAACAAAACUGUUUAUUUUAACGAGUACUAGUGAGUGGGAACUAGUGUUAGAUCAAAGUAUUACUGAUUUUGUUGGGGCAAACAAUUUUCCAACUAAAAAAUUUGAAAAAACUAGAGGUUUAAAUGUUAAUGUUACAAAUCUUGCUGAUGAAGAACAAUUUGAUCAAAUCUACAAAGUUACAAAAUCUAUUUUCAAUGAAUAUCAAGAUGUGGGAUGUGUUUUAUUAGGAUGUGCUGGCAUGGCAGGGUUAGACAGAAAAUUAGGAGAAAAGUUCCCCAAUGUUCGAUUUAUAGAUAGUGUGAAAAUAGGUAUUGAACAAUUGACAACAUUAAUUAGACUUGAUAGACAACCGUAA